AUGGAUGAACUUUCCCUGAGCAAAUCCAUUACACUCCUAGAUGAGAAGAGGGCAUUUAGGCCAGAUCUUGAAAACUGCGUAGGAGCACAGGAAUUUGAAAAGGAGGAAACAGAAUUUUUCAAAAACAUUGAGACAACAGAGCAUGCAGCACAUCUAAAAACAGUUGGUGUCUUUGCUGGUGCAGUAAGAGAAAAAGAAGAAAUGAAUGCUUCUAGAACUAAAAGAUGUGCUGUCAUCCAGGCUUUGUCGGUCCAUUUACAGAGCACAAGCAAAUUGCUAGAUUUAGCAAUUUUUAAGGGCACUAGAAUUUUGGGAGAGGCCGGCGCUCUCACCAAGGAGAAGGCCACGUUCAGUUCGAGGUUGAAGAUCGUGAAGCCCAAUGGCAAGAAGCCGGACGAGUUCGAGUCUGGCAUCUCCCAGGCUCUGCCAGAGUUGGAGAUGAGCUCCGACCUCAGAGCCCAGGUAAGGGAGCUGAGUGUCACGGCAUCCAAGGAAACUGAAGUUGGCGGUGUUCGGGAAGCUAUUACUAUCUUUGUUCCCGUUCCUCAACUGAAAUCUUUCCAGAAAAUCCAAGUCCGGCAAGUCCGUGAAUUGGAGAAAAAGUUCAAUGGGAAGCACAUUGCCUUUAUCGCUCAGAGAAGAAUUCUGCCUAAAACAACUUGAAAAAGUCACACAAAAAAUAAGCAAAAGCGUCCCAGGAGCCGCACUUUGACAGCUGUGCAUGCCGCGAUCCUGAAGGACUUGGUUUUCCCAAGUGAAACUGUGGGCAAGAGAAUUCAUGUGAAACUGGAUGGUAGUCGGCUCAUCAAGGUCCAUUUGGAUAAAGCACAGCAAGAAGCUCACAGGCAAGGAUGUUAA